ACCUGUGAGGGGUCUUAAAUAAACCCUAGAGGAGGUGAAAGAGGGAAGGAGGAUGCUGUACAUCAUCGGGUUGGGGCUGGGUGACGAGAGGGACAUCACCGUCAGAGGUCUCGACGCCGUCCGCAGCUGCCACAAGGUCUACGUGGAGGCCUACACCUCCCUCCUCUCCUUUGGCCUCGCUUCCGAUGGCCUCUCCAGAAUGGAGAAACUGUACGGAAGGGACGUCGUGGUCGCCGACCGGGAGAUGGUCGAGGAGCGGGCUGAUGAGAUCCUCUCCGAAGCUGUUGAUUCUGAUGUUGCCUUCUUGGUUGUUGGAGAUCCUUUCGGAGCAACGACCCAUACUGAUCUGGUUGUCCGGGCAAAAAAGAUGGGGCUGAAAGUUAAGGUGAUACAUAAUGCAUCAGUUAUGAACGCGAUUGGAGCUUGUGGUUUGCAACUUUACCACUAUGGCGAGACAAUUUCCAUACCGUUCUUUACAGAUACAUGGAGACCAGAUAGUUUCUAUCCAAAGAUUCAAAAAAACCGACAGCUUGGCUUGCAUACACUCUGCCUGUUAGAUAUACGAGUUAAGGAACCAUCAUUGGAGUCAUUGUGCAGAGGACGGAAGUGUUACGAACCACCAAAAUAUAUGAGUAUCCACAUUGCUAUAAAUCAACUCUUGGAGAUUGAAGAGACUAAUGGAGGAUCUGCUUACAAUGCAGAGACAAAAUGUGUAGGAAUCGCUCGCCUUGGUAAUGAUGAUCAGAUGAUAGUUGCAGGAUCAAUGAAAGAAUUACUUGAUAUUGAUUUUGGUCCACCACUUCAUUGCCUUGUUAUAGUAGGAGAGACUCACCCUGUGGAAGAGGAGAUGCUAGAAUUCUAUUCAAUCAAGUCAUGAAAUGGGUAAAAUUUAAUUCCUGGCAGGAGAUGAGACAUCUUCAUCAAAUACAGAUAGAUAUAAACGCCAGCACACAGUGAUGGAAGGGGAGCACUGUGCCAUUGUUUGAUAAUCCAGGAAAAGAUAGAUAUUUUAUCAGCACCAUGUACAACUAUGCAUUCAUCCAGACAUUUUAUCGAUUACAUCUGGUAAUGUACACUUGUUGAAUGUCUUUUUCAAGUAAUAUGAGUACGCCUCGUCAUGUACUUUAUUCACUAUAUGAUUACUUUUUAU